GUCACUUGGCAGAUGUCAACGCAUGUUUGUGUGUGUUUUUGGGUUUUGUUCAUUUAGUAUCCCAAUUGCCCUUUUCAGUGUUUUUUGAUUUAAAUAAAAGUUUAUUAUACUUGUCUAACAUAAUAUCGAUUUAGAAUCUGUACAUCAUGGGCCCACCUCCAGUAGUAACUGGAAUAUCUCCAAAAGAAGGACCUCCGGGCACCAGAGUUACAAUUCGUGGUGAAUUUUUAGGAACUUCUGCAACUGAUUUAAUUGGGCUGAAAAUCUGUGGAUGUGACUGUUUGUUGUCAGCGGAAUGGAAGAGCAAGAACAAGAUAGUGGCUCGUUCAGGUCCCUGUAAAGGUCGCGGUGACAUCAUAGUCACAACCAGGUCAGGUGGAGAAGGGACUUCAACUGUGCAGUUCAGAGGUUAUCAUGAAUCAGUGGGACCUGUCAAAGAAAGUGCAGUAUGGGUGGAGGAAGCAGCCCCACCGUCAUUGCCAUGGGGUCGGCGGCCCAUGUCACCAACUGCUUACACCCCACCUGACCCCCUGGGUCUAUCUACUGAAGGAGAUGACUGCAAGUUUCCGGAGGAAGAUCUGCAUGAACUCUUUCCGGAUGGAUCAGGCAAUUUGACAGAUGAAAACUUCCAACCAGGCUGGUACUUAUUAGAACAUCAAAGUAACACUUCCUUUGAGGAUUUGAAAGCUGGAAUGGUGUUCUUACAAAGAAAGGUUGAAAGUCAAAAAGAAGGCCAACUAAGCUUUUUGAAGGAAAACACAGGUGCUGUUAUGGAUCAGUUAGACAGGCUUGUUCUUUUGAAGAACAUGUAUGAAGAAGAUCAGAGAAAGAAUGGAAAAGAGCCUUUACCAAGCUUGCAGGCUGCUAUAGAAGAGUCUAUAACUUUAGCGGAUUCCCUUUUUGCGGAAAUCCUGUCGCGCAAGGAGAACGCUGAUAAGACUCGCGAAGCCCUGUCGCUUCUCACUCGACACAAGUUUCUGUUCCAACUGCCAGCAUCCAUAGACAAUAAUAUACGGAAAAAGGAGUAUGACUUGGUCGUUAAUGAUUAUACAAGAGUGAAAAAUCUUUUUGGGAAUACUGAUGUUAAGCUAUUCCAGAAAAUAUUAGCUGAGAUAGACAGGAAGAUAGAAGAUUUGAAAGAAAAAUUGCACACAAGAAUGAAAACUAUGCCCAUUAACGUUCAAGAGCAGACUAAAUAUAUAAGAUUAUUGGUGAGUCUGAAUUGGGAGGGUGACGCGGCGUGGGUCGCAAUCACGAGUCGUAAAGAGUACCUUAUGAACCUGAUGAACAAGGUGAAGGACCACUUCAAGCAGAAGGAGGACCUGGAGAUUGGAGAUAAAGGUAAACGCAAGCCGAAAGAGAGUGAAAGCGAGGGUUGCUGGAGCGGCGUCCGCUCGGACUGGUGCGGGGCCGCGUGCGGGGCGCUCUCCGCGGAGCUCCACGCGCUGUGGCCGCUCGCCAGGAGGUACUUCGCGGGGGAACUCGGCGGCCAGCCCUCGGAGCCCAUGCGGCACCCGCAGCUCAAGGAGAUGAUAAUAGCGGUGGUUGAACAAUUUUCGGAACACAUGCGGUUAUGUCUCUUAUCGGGCGGAGGCACAGUUGCACAUGAUGUUCUCAGAGCGAGACUCACCACCAAUCUAAGACAUUUGCGGGAGGCUCUCGACUCUCUUCUCAAACUGGACCUGCCUAAACAGCCACUAAGCGUGGUCGAGAAGGUGAUAUUCGACUACCGCGUGCACGGCAUGACAAUGUUUCUCCAGCGGGCGCUAAAGCGGGUCAAAGGACUCAAAGACAAAGAGACGUGGAAAAUCGAGGAGUAUACAGAUUACGGUGCUAUUACUAACCUUCCGCAUCUCUUAGAGACUUACAUGACGGAAGCCCUAUCAUCGAUCCACAAGUGUGUAUUGUCCAGUGGUCGUCGCGAGGCGCCCUUGUUUGAGGAGAAAGGAGAGACUACUGGCGUCUUACAGCGACAUACGCAGCAAAUACUGCUGGCGUAUGUGGCAGUUCUGAGAGAAUUGGCCUUGCCUAAACAUGACCAGGAAUUCAACAACACGAGUCUUUCAGUAGCACUAGACCAGUGUCUGGACGAGACCAAAUGUGAGGAGCCGUCUGGUCGCAGCCGGCAACAGCAGCUGCUGGUCGCGGGCGCCAACGCGCUCUACACGAGGAGGCAGCUGUUGGUGGAACUGCCCGGAACAUUCCAGAAUUUCGAGUUACCCCAACCAACGGAAGCGUUAGAAGCCACCAAAAAUGCGUUGGCCGACCUUGAAGCGACCAUAGCCGACACCUAUUUGGAGCACAAAGGGGACCCACUGGUGGGCACUAUAGAGCCCAGCAUGUACAUGGGACGGCACAGGAUACAAGACGACGAACUAGUCCAAGACGUGAGGCCGUAUGUCUACGAGAUCAUCAACAAUCUGAUAGCUGUGCACGCUGAGGUGGACAGUGUAUGCGGCCAGUCCUCGUCCCGCUACAUGCGCGACAUCUGCGAGACGGUGUGUGAGGAGCUGGCGAGGCUCGCGUGCGGGGCGCCGGCGCGCUCGCGGGCCGCCGCCUUCCAGGCGAGGCUGGAGUACACGCUGCUACAUGCGGCUUGUGCCAACCAUCUCACUAGGAAAGCCGAAAAUUAUCUAAUGGAGGCGCUUGCAAGAAUCCCGCCUUUAGACUCGGAAGAAGAUAAAAAGCGAAUGGAUAGCCUAUUAGAAGGCUUCAAGAAAAGAAUGGAGCUGCAACUAGUGAGCCUUAACUGCAAUAUGGAGACUGUGUAAUAUAUUUUAUAAUUAAAGUUAGUUAUUAGUAUAAAUUUAAGGUUUUGAGCCCUCUGCACAUAUUCAACCUCUGAAUAACUUAUUUUGUUUGAAGAAAUAUAAAAGCUUUUUUCUAAAAGAUCAAUUCAGAAUUUAUUUAGAAAUUGGUUGAAUAAAUAAUUAAUUUUAGCGCAGAUCUCAAGGUUCGAAAAUAUUUUUGUAUUAUAUUUAAUGCUUUAUGUUGUUAUAGCUUAAGCGAGUAUUAUAGUUCUACUUAAAUAUAUGUAGCCGUUAUUAAUGUAUGUUAUUUAUUGUAAAUUAUUUUAAAUAUGAAUAAGGUAUUUUAAAAUAAAAUAUUUUUGUUAAAUAUUUUGUCACUACGCCUCGGCGCUCUUGUAACUCUGUAAGGAAACAAAGGAAACAUCAGAAACGUACAUAUUUCUAAGAAAAU